AUGUCUUCUUUAAAUUUCGAGAUAGUGGACGUCUUCUCCGACGUACCUUUCAAAGGCAACCCCCUAGCUGUCGUCGACGCAAGCACCAGCACCCUGACAACCACACAGAUGCAGCUCAUCGCCCGUCAAUUCAAUCUAUCUGAGACUACUUUUGUUCUUCCAGUGGCUCAGGAUAAAGCUGAUGCUAGACUGCGAUCGUUCCUGCCCGAUGGAAGGGAGGUUUUUGGCGCCGGUCAUAACAUUCUUGGUGCAUGGUGGCAUCUUGCCCAAAGCGGCAAGCUAGAGUCAAAGAGGGCGUUGCCGCAAUCAGCUGAUGGUAUCGAAGAGACAACCGUUUAUCAAGAACUCGGUCAAGAUGUGACAUCACUCAAGAUCCAACGGAGUCAUCUGGUCAGCACUUCCGGAAGAGAUGAGAUUCAGGUCGUCCUACGCCAAGCGCCGCCAAAGCUGCAGGCCUACCAUCCGGACCUCGCUUCAUUAGCCGAAGCUGUAGGGAUAUUGGAGCAAGAUAUUGGCUGGUCGCUUCAGAGUGCAGAGGCUACAAUAGCCCUCCAGCCACAAGUUCUAUCCACCUCCACAACGUACCACCUGCUAGUCCCAUUGGCAUCCACCGAAGCCUUGAACCGCGUCGAGGUCCAGCGUGAAAAACUUCUUGCGCAACUCAAAAUUGCAGAUAAGAGAGCACACGGAAUUUUCUUCUUCACACGAGCUGGUGCCGAUAUAUAUGAAGCCCGCUUCUUCUCCCCCAGUAUGUCGGGAGAAGAUCCAGCUACAGGAAGUGCUGCGGGCCCUUUGUCUGCUUAUCUGUACAAGCAUGGCGCUCUUAACGUCAAGGGGGGUAAAGGGGAAAUUAUUGUUCGACAAGGGCUGAAGGUAGGACGUGAAUGCGUGAUUCGCGUCGUGCUGCAUGUUAGUGAAGAUAACCAUCUCGAGGUGGACCUUGUUGGCACGGGUGUCCAAGUUGUCAAAGGAUCGAUUGUUACCCCUGAUCCGUCCACUGUAUUCCAAGCUUUACUCUAG